AUGUCUGAACAAAAUAACAUAGAGGCUUUCCAAAGCCCAAAGAGUGGCACCGUUACUCACACUGCCCGCCGUCGACCCCAGAAAUGGUGGCAGUUGGGCGGCAAGGACAUCAGCCAUGUUUCCAUCGACGAGGGCUACGAAACGAGUGCUUAUUCCACCUCAUCGUCCUCUUUAGAAGAUGCGUCAGGAAAAAACGAAGGUGUUUUUGUAGCCCCAGAAGCUUUGGAGGUCUACAAGCCUGUCGAAGGCUUCGAAGGCACCCAUAGGUUUGACCCAUCCGCCAAAUGGUCGGAGGAUGAAGAGAAGCGCCUCGUCCAAAAGCUCAAUUGGAAAAUUGCACUUCCUGCAUGCAUAAUGUUCUUUGCAUUGCAGCUUGAUCGUGGCAACAUCUCACAAGCGCUCUCAGACAAUAUGCUAAAUGAUCUUAAAAUGAACACCAAUGAUUAUAACAACGGCCAAACUAUUUUCUUCUGCUCCUUCCUUUUCGCCGAGCUGCCGUCGCAGCUUAUAAGCAAAAAGCUGGGACCUGACACCUGGAUUCCCAUUCAGAUGGUGGCUUGGAGUAUUGUUGCAGCAGCACAAGCGGGUCUCCAAGGCAGAUCAAGCUUCUUUGUCUGCCGCUUUCUUCUUGGUCUGAUUGAAGGCGGCUUUAUCCCAGACGUCAUUCUCUACCUUAGCUACUUCUUCACCAACCCCGAGCUGCCUCGACGUCUCAGCUGGUUCUGGACAUCGUACCAGUCGACGCAAAUUGUUGGCGCGUUCUUGGCUUAUGGUAUCCUGCAUCUUCGCGGCAAGGGGUCAUUGCACGAGGGCUGGCGAUACAUGUUCUUGAUUGAAGGUGUCUUUACCGGCCUCAUUGGCGUCUGGACGUGGAUGUAUCUCCCAGCAUCGCCAACACAGACCGCGCGCGGCAAGUAUAAGGGCCUGCUUCGACCAAAGCAAGGUUGGUUCACUGAGCGGGAGGAAGUCAUCAUGGUGACAAGAAUUCUACGAGAUGAUCCAGGAAAGGCCACCAUGCACAACCGCCAGGGUCUGAGCUGGGGUCUAUUCAAAGACGCACUCCUUGACUACCACUUGUGGCCAAUUUACCUCCUUGGCUUGACUUGGAGUAUCCCGGUUACACCUCCACAAGCCUACAUCACUCUCACUUGCAAAGCACUUGGAUUCAAUACCUUCGAGACUAAUCUCCUCACCAUCCCCGCGUACACCAUUUUCAUCCUGCAACUCUUGUUCUGGACGUGGGUGUCAGAAAAGGUUAACCAACGCGUUUUGAUCGGCCUCGUCACCCAAUUCUGGGCACUACCCUUACUCAUUGCGCUGGUUGCUCUUCCCCCUGUCUUCGCCAAUAGCAACUGGUCGAAAUGGGUCCUGUCCACACUGCUUGUGGGAUAUCCCUACUGCCAUGCUGUCUUUGUGGCACUCACGUCCCGAAACUCUGGUUCAGUACGGACCCGAACAGUUGGGUCGUCCCUGUACAACAUGUCUGUCCAAAUGUCCAACAUUUUUUCAUCUCAGAUUUACCGAGACGACGACAAGCCUUACUAUUACAGGGGUAAUAAAGCCUUGCUGGGGGUCUUGGCCUGGAAUGUCGUGCUGAUUAUUGCAAUCAAGGCGUACUACAUGCUGGUAAACAAACGCCGUGACAAGAUUUGGUUGUCCAUGACAAGGGAGGAGAGAGUUCAUUACUUGAAUACGACGAAGGAUUCAGGCAGCAAAAGAUUGAAUUUUAGAUUCGGUCAUUGA